ACUUCUUUUCUAACCUAAUAUUUUCGAAACGUUCAACUGCAAUAUAAACUGCAAGAAACAUAAGAGCUUAGUCAUAACACUUACGCUCCUAUAUUUAUUGCUUUCACCUAUUUCUUACUCAACCACCUCCUCCAACUCCAAGAAUUCUUCUGUCUUGAACCUUUUAGCAAAACAAAAACAUAAAAACUCCUUUUCGCAAUGAAUUUAUUAAAUUUCAGUGCUUGGUUUCUGGGUUUUUUGGUUUUAUGUGAUGGGCUUCGAGCGAUUUUAGCGGAGUUAAACAACAAUGCAAAGAAUUGUAUUACAUGGGAUGACAUGGAAGUGGAUGAUUACAUAUUGCAUAUAAGAGAUGAAGGGAAUGGGAGUAAGGUUAUUGUGGUUGACAAAAAUGGCCGGGGAAAUUCUUUAACAGUUCAAGGUGCAGUUGAUAUGGUGCCGGAAAAUAAUGCAGAUAGAGUGAAAAUUUACAUUCUUCCUGGAGUUUACAGUGAAAAGGUGUACAUUCCAGCCUCUAAGCCGUAUAUUUCCUUCAUUGGAGAUCAGAAUCGAGUAUCUGAAACUGUUAUAACCUGGCACGACAAGGCUUCUGAUCGCGAUAAAUAUGGAUCUGUACUAGGGACUUUUAAUUCAGCCACUGCCGCAAUAGAAUCUGAUUACUUUGUUGCAACAGGGCUCACUUUUGAGAAUACAGUGAUUGCAGUGCCUGGAGGAGUUGGAUACCAAGCUGUUGCCUUGAGAAUUGCCGGCGACAAAGCUAUGUUUUACAAUGUUAAAUUUCUGGGAUCACAGGAUACACUUUUGGAUCAAACUGGAUCACACUACUUUUACCAGUGCUUCAUCCAAGGAUCAACAGAUUUCAUUUUUGGCAAUGCAAAAUCUCUCUAUCAGGAGUGUACUCUUCAUGUUCUAGAGGAUGGAUAUGCAGUAGCAGCUCAACACAGGAACUCUCCUAAUGAUGAUACAGGCUUUUCUUUCUUGAAUUGUACAGUUGAGGGAAAAGGAAGAACUUUCUUGGGUAGAGCUUGGGGGGAUUAUUCGCGAGUUAUAUAUUCGUACUGUGAAUUUGAUGCCAUUGUAAGACCAGAAGGAUGGAAUGACUGGAGGAAACAAUAUAGAGACAAUACCGUGUUAUUUGGAGAAUACGAGUGCAGAGGCCAUGGAGCAGAUAGAAGACAAAGAGUGCCGUGGUCUAAAGCUCUGAAUUACAUGGAAGCAAAGCCAUUUUUGGGCACGCAAUUCAUAGGCGGAGAGCAAUGGCUGAGACUAUAGUUGUGCAAUUUAUUUUUUUUACCAGUCUAUAAGGCUCAUCCUGUAUUUUUCAGUAGUUUUCAUUAUCAGAUUAGUUUUGAAUCAACUUUGGAUCAUUCAGUGCUAGGACUGUACUCGAAAUGAAAAUAACUUUAUAAGACUUUGU